UUGAAUAUUAAUUUCGUGAUUUAGGUUAAGAAAGCUCAUCAAUUUCUGUAGGAUUAUUAAUAAUAAUUAAUAAUUAUUGCUUAGCAAUGAAGGAUUUUGAAGUACCCGAUCCCAAAAAUGUUAUCAAAAAUAGAGAAUUACUUUAUAGAUUGAUGAUAAGCCAACUAUUUUAUGAUGGUCAUCAGAACAUUGCUGUAUCUUUAUCAACAUUAGUUCUCCCUGAUCCCCCAUGUCCACCAAGUGAUAAACUCCUGAAUAUAAUGAUAUCAGGAUUGGCUGCAGAACCAGAUCGCAAAGAGAAAGCAUUACUCAAUGAUAACAAUGGUGGUGGAUUAGACUUAGAAUUUGAGACUGAAGGUUCCACACUUGCCGCUGAGCCAGCUAGUUAUGAGACUGCUUAUGUAACAUCUCAUAAACAAGCCUGUAGAGCUGGUUCCUUCAGUUUCGAUGGUCAAUUGGUAGCCACUGGAAGCGUUGAUGCGAGUAUAAAGAUUUUAGAUGUCGAUAGAAUGCUUGCAAAAUCAGCUCCUGAUGAAAUGGACCCGGGGCGUGAAACACAAGGACAUCCAGUUAUCAGAACAUUAUAUGAUCAUACAGAUGAAGUAACUUGCUUAGAAUUUCAUCCAAAAGAACAAAUUCUUACAUCUGGUUCAAAAGACAAUUCUAUAAAGUUAUUUGAUAUUUCAAAAGCCUCUGUUAAAAAAGCUUACAGGACAAUUAUGGAUUCAUGUUCAGUUAGAUGCUUGGCUUUUCAUCCGACAGGUGAUUAUAUUCUUGCAGGAACUAAUCAUUUUGUAGUUCGACUUUAUGAUAUAGAGACUGCACAAUGUUUUGUCAGCCAUCUCAGAAAUUUUCAUCACACUGAUGCAAUUAAUCAUGUCAAAUAUUCAGCUAAUGGAAAACUUUAUGCUUCUGCAAGUGCUGAUGGUACUAUAAAGCUUUGGGAUGGUGUCAGCAGUCGCUGUGUAAAUACAUUCCAAAAGGCACAUGACGGUCAAGAAGUUUGCUCCAUUGCUUUUUCAAGAAAUGGAAAGUAUCUAUUAUCAUCUGGUAAAGAUUCUCUAGUAAAACUAUGGGAACUAAGUACAAGCAGGUGUUUAAUUGCUUAUACAGGAGCUGGCACAACGGGUAAGCAAGAGCACACAGCACAAGCAGUAUUCAAUCACACUGAGGAUUAUGUACUUUUCCCUGAUGAAGCUACUACAUCAUUAUGUGCUUGGAAUGCAAGAAAUGCCUCUCGAGCACAAUUGAUGUCAUUAGGACAUAACGGCCCAGUUAGAUUUAUUGUUCAUUCUCCCACACAUCCAGCAUUUCUUACAUGUUCUGAUGACUUCCGUGCUAGAUUUUGGUACAGAAGAUCUGCACAAGCAUGA